AUGGCUGAGAUUGUUGAGAAGCUGGGUCCUGUUACUGUCACUCUUUCUACUCCAGCUUCUAUCCCAGAGCAGAAAAAUCUAAUGCAUGAAGUUUCAGCUUGGAUACAGACAGAGCACUGGUUGAAGCCAACACAUGAUCAGAUCUGGAGAGCAUGGCUUCAAGAGAUACUCAUUCUAGAUCUUGGAUAUUCUAUCCAUGAAAUGGGAUCAGAUGCUUGGCAAGGUGAUGAAGAAGAGUAUGAAAGACAGGUGAAAUUAGCAGCUCAAAGUGUGUAA